GGCGCGCUUGUCCCUCCAUAAAUUUGCCGAUGGCUACGACCCGGGCAUUCCUCAGACCGAGAUAGGAUUGAAAAAACGAGCGGUGAGGUGACUCGAUAAUCUUGAACAAUCUUGCUGAAAGAGAUUUUGCUAUAAAGAAACGUUUCCGAGUGUGCUACUUGUUCUUCAUCCUAGCGGAUCUGCUGUACAAAAGGUUUACGAUUGGAAGCUGUUAAAGCAGCUGAAAACACCGCAGCAAUGUUCAACUGGGCUAAACAACAGCUGGCCAAUGUUGCCGGCACCCAGGAGCCGAUCUAUGGCCCGACCGCCAUCAAGUCAGUUGCCCAGGAGACAUCAAAUAUCUCGCAUACGGAGCUUACCCGCGAUGACCUGAAGUGGCGGGCGAUGACAUCCACCUGUGUCGAGACGCAGACAUUCUAUAUGACCACUGACAGUGGUCACCUUGCCUUCGUGCAGGUCAUUUACAGCAAUGUUGCCGGCAUCCGAACAACAUGCCAGUUCAACACCAAGGUCUUCAACCUCAAAGACGACGGCAAGCCGCACCUGUGGUGCACAACACCCUUGAGCAACCACUCCUUCAGUGACGAUAUGACCGCUUUCUAUGCCGACGACUGCGCCGUCGAGCUUUCCGAGGACGGCACAUCAUACACUAUCAAGUCCAUGACCGACGAGCGAGCCAUCGUCAACAUCAAGGUCACCAGGACCACCCCAGGGUUCCAUGCAGGCAAGACGGGCACCACCUUGUUUGGAACAGAUCUGUCGGAUCCCUGGGGAACAAUGCGCCAUGCCUUCUGGCCAAGGUGUCAGACGGAAGGCACAAUCACGACUCCCGACGGACCGGUCGACGUCAAGGGACGCUGCCUGUUUGUCCAUGCGCUGCAGGGCAUGAAGCCCCACCACGCCGCCGCCAGCUGGAAUUUUAUCAACUUUCAAGGCCCUACACACUCGGCCGUCUUGAUGGAGUACAUAACACCACCGUCGUAUGGGUCUACGACUGUCAGUGUCGGUGCGAUCGCCAAGGAUGGUGAAAUUGUUGUUGCUGGCUGCUCAAACCAUGUUGAGCAUGUCGAAAUUCGAAAGGACUCGGAAAACGACUGGAAGGAGCCGACGAAAGUCAAGCUGACUUGGUCCGGUGCGACAAAAGAUGGCAAGAAGGUCGAUGCCGGCAUUGUGAGCGAGUACGAGACACGCCUGGACCGUAUCGACGUUAUGGCCGAGGUUCCCGGCUUCGUGAAGAAGUUUGCCGCAGCUACCGCAGGAACCAAACCUUAUAUUUACCAGUACAUGCCCCGCAAAGCCAGUCCAACACUGAAGCUCAAGAUCGGAGAUGAGCCUGAGAUUACCGAGACCGGCGCCAUGUUCUGCGAGGCGACCUUUAUCACCGAUUCCACCACUGGGGAACAGUGAGGGGCUGCUCUGAUAAGUUUGUAAGUCAUGUUGGGGUGAAUGAGAACAGUUCAUUUUCAGGAAACCCAAUUAUACAAUUUCGGGUCUUGCUUGCGGUUUCACAAGCAAUAUAUGCGAAUAGAGGUUGUUAUAGGUAGAAGCGCUUGUAUCACAAGACGCAGGGCUUAAUGGAUAUUGGACAGAUCAAUAGGGACUUUGAAUUUUAAUGAAGAUUAUCAAGUAUUUGGACCAGGUUUUGGUGGGUAAUAUUCGCACCCAAGCCCCAGGAGGGAGACAUCCUGUCAGCUUACAUCUCAAGUAUGGGAAUGUUUUAUCAUGUCAAGUCAGAGAAAUUCCGAA